CUACCAAAGCAUUAUGGGCAAUCUUUGAAGUAAACAAAGAUGGACGACCGAAUACUUUAAAUUACAAAAUUCGUUCCUCAGAGAUCGGCGAAAGUAAACUUAUGAUGCACGAUAAAGAACCGUCUUAUAAAGAUCCUUACAUCUGGAGCGGUUUCAUGGCAUUUCAAAUGGCAAUUGAAAAUUCUUUUAUCGAUAUGUGGAAAAAUUCACAAAUUUCUCCUAUAGGAGAAAACUUGACAAUAACUCGUUAUCCUUAUUAUAAGAUUGAUUUUCUUAUAAUACAAAGUAUCGUUUAUCCGAAUAUUAAUGUUAUUUAUUACAUGACUGUGAUAGCUUUUCUUCUUUUACCAAUGGCAAGUCUGCAGAAAAUGAUUCACGACAAAGAAACUGGUUUCAGAGGUCUUAUGAGAUUAACAAAUAUGUCAUUUACCGUCAUGUAUCUUGGUUGGUUAAAUUAUUUGAUGAUUUCUUGUCUGCCAGUCGGAAUAGCAUGUACCAUAUUACUCUGUCCAAUAUUCAUGAAUUCUUAUUUAAUAACGAUUUUUCUUUUUAUUACCAUGUAUAUUAUUCUCUCGACAUUAGUUGUCUUUGCUGUUGGAACUUUCUUUCAAUAUUCAAUGAAAGCGAUAUUGAUAUCACUCUCAAUUUGGGUAUUCCUAUCUUAUUUUACUAUUGUUUUGGAUCAAUUCUUGGUAACAGCUUCUCUGACUUGGCGUAUUGUAUCAUUGAUUUUACCACAUAGUGGUUUACUUUAUGGAAUUGUGGCAUUCAUAUCUGGAGCAGAAAUUGAUAAAUAUUUAUUAAAUUCAUUGAAAGAAUCUUUAAUUAUCAAUGACACUCAGUCAUACAUUAAUUUAUCAUCCCCAAUAUCGACAAGGGAAAUCUCUGAGACAACAAACAAUGAAUACGAAAUUAUUUAUAUAAAAGAGAAAAUAUCUAUUUAUAUAGUUUUGAUAUCUUGGAUUCUGCAUAUUAUUUUUUGGUUAUGUCUUACAAUAUAUUUAGAUAACAUUAAUCCUGGUCAAUAUUGGAGUGCUAAACCAUGGUACUUUUUAUGUAAGAGAGCUCAUCCAAAAAAUAUAUAUUACAAGUAUAAAUUACAAGGUUCCACAAAUUGGUCAGCUGUGGAAAGAAUCCCAUCCUUCAUAAAGUCAUCAAUCUUAGUACGAUGUGCCACUAAAAAAUUCGGUACAUUUGGCAAUAGUUCUACAAUUCUGAACGAAGUUACCAUUGAUUUUUAUCAAAAUGAAUUCAGUGUAAUACUUGGAAACAAUGGUUCUGGAAAGAGCACUCUAUUAAAACUUAUAACAGGAAUAUAUAGUCUUACGGAUGGUGGUAUUUAUGUGCAAGGAAGAGAUUUCAAUGAGGAUAUAAAUAUCACAAAUUUCUUUGGUUAUUGUCCUCAAGAGAAUAUUUUAGUCAAUUAUAUGACAACUGUUGAGCAUCUCUACAUAUUUGGAAUGAUGAAAGGAAUGACAUAUAAAGAUGCUUAUGCCAAUGCGUUGGAAUUAUUAAAAAAACUUAGAUUAGAGUCUGUGAAGAAUAAAAAAUUAAAAGAUUUAUCUAAUGGCAUGCAAAGACGUAUUUGUCUGGGAAUGGCCUUAAUUGGAGAGUCUCAAAUACUAAUAUUGGAUGAGCCAGCUAAUGGAGUUGAUUCGGAAGACAGAAGACAAAUUUGGGAUUUGCUAUUGGACAUCAAAAGAACGAAAACGAUAUUAAUGGCAACUAAUUCUAUGGAAGCAACAGAUAUUUUAGCGGAUAGGAUAGCAAUUAUUACAAAUGGAAUAAUCGAAUGUUAUGGUUCAAAAAUGUACUUAAAUCGACGAUAUGGGAUUGGAUACAUUUUAAGUUUAGUGGUACAUGAAAAUUAUAAUCUACACCUUCUGCAAACAGAAAUACAAAAAUUUUCUUCCGAAAUAAUCACUUUGCGAGGUAUAAUGGGUUUGGUAAUUAGAUUUGAUGUACCAAGAAACAGCAGGUUUACGAAAUUAUUACAAUAUCUUAACAAUAACAAGCAAAGGUUGAAUAUAGUGUCUGUUACUUUCACUACUGCUAGUAUUGAGGGUCAGUUUUUAAGAAUAAGUCUUGCAAGUCAAUUCAAAGAACGUGGUGUAAAAUAUCCUAGUAAAGAAUAUGAACUCAUUGUUCAACAAAGAAGACAAAAUAUUUUACGAAAUGCCAAACCUUGGGAUCGACUUUCAGGAACGGUAUUAUGGUAUCAACAAAUUUUUGCUAUGUUUUUUAAGAAAUUUCUACAUGUUACUUCAUCUUGGAAAUUGUAUCUAUUAUCUAUAAGUUUGGCUACAAUCACGUUAAUAUUAGCAACGAUGAUCAACGAGCUUAGUAAUUGUAUAAUUUUUGAUACAACGGGAAAAACGAUGAGUUUAAAAGAUUAUGUCGAUAGUAAUUUUAAAACAUUAUAUUAUGCAGCCGACAGUACACUUGCUAACAAAUUUCUUGUUACUCUUUACAAAACUAGUCGUUCAUAUAACGAGAAAGGAACAUAUUACGUGUUGAGAACCAUCCCAGCAUCAGAGAUCAUGACUAAUCCGAAUCUUCACUCUAUAAAAUUCAAAGAUCGUUGUUUAAUGUCUGUCGAUAUACAAUCCGAUGGAUCUAUUGAUCUUAUGUAUUCUUCAACUUUCGUACAUAGUGGACCUGUUGCGUUAAAUUUAUUAAACAAUGCGAUACUACGUCAUUAUUGUGGUUCUAAUAAAUGUAAUAUUGAAUUAAAGAAUCAUCCUUUGAUCCAUCCAAAGAAAUGGCACCAUCAAUUUGUACAUUCUCGAAACAUAAGAAACUGGCAGAACGCUGCAAUUAUCGGAACUCUAUUUCUUCUCUUACCUACGAUCGACUUAGGGAUAAAAGAAUUAAAUUCAUUAUCAAAAAUGUUGCAAAUCAAUACAGUAGGCGUAUCGACUUUGAUGUAUUGGAUACCUAUCUAUAUUAUAGAUCUUUUGAUAUAUAUAAUUACAGUAUUAAUUCUUGCAGCAUUCUUCCUUGUUAUAUAUAAUGAAGAGAUAUUUCUGGACACUGACAUUGUUCAAGUACUUUAUAUUUUUUUGUUCUACGGUGCUUGUGCGAUCCCAUUCAACUAUUGUAUACAAUUAUUCACAAAGAAACAACAAAAUGUUUAUUUGAUUGUAAUAUUAAUAAACAUUUUUGUGAUAUUAUUAUUAAAUGGAUUUUUUAUAUUUCCCAUAUUUUAUACAUUUGAUCAUUAUGGACGAUAUUUAUUCGAAUUAUUUUUGCAUAUUAUUCCAUCUUACAAUCUAGCAUGUGCUCUAAGUAAUUAUCUUAUAUUGAAUUUAUACAACAAAAAAUGUAGUAAAAAUACUUGUGACACUGAAAUUAGUAUCGAAGAUCCAUGUUGUCAAAACUGUGGUGAAAAAAUGUGUUUUAAAUCAUUAAAUACCAUGUUAACUAGACAGUCUGGUCAAGAUUUUUUCCAUUCAGUGUUUGACGAUUUAAUAAUAAUGUUAUCGAUGACAAUCGCUUUACAUUUAAUAUUACAAAUUUUCGAAGAAGCGAAUCGUUUAAAGUGGUACAGAUCUAUCGUAUCAUAUGAAAACAAUAACAAUACAUUGGAAUUAACCGUAAUCAAUGAAAAGAAACAAGUAGAAAAACACAUGAAAUUUUACAAAGAAAAUCAAUGUCUUCCUAAACACGUUGUGUUAGCAGCUAAAAAUUUGACAAAAAUAUACGGGAAAGCUAAAGUUGUUCAAAACGCCAAUUUCAACGUAUAUCAACGAGAUUGUUUUGGUCUUUUGGGACUUAAUGGUUCUGGAAAGUCAACAAUUUUUAAAAUGUUAGUUGGACAAACAAGAAUGUCUGUUGGAAAAGCUGUUAUAUAUGAAUAUGAAUUUCUAAAGAAUUUAGAAAUGUUCAUAGGUAUGAUAGGAUAUUGUCCGCAAGUCAGUGGUUUGAACAAUUUCAUGACAGGAAGGCAACAUUUGAUAUUAUAUGCAGCUCUUCGUGGUGUACCUUCUGAAAAUUUAAUAGAUGAAGUCAAUAAAUGGAUAGAUCUAUUAGAUCUUUUGGGGUUUGAAAAUGUGAAAAUUAGAAAUUGUUCCUGGGGUAUACAAAGGAAGAUUUCUAUUCUCCAGAGUUUGAUUGGUGAUUUGCCAUUGAUACUGCUAGAUGAACCAUCCUUGGGAAUUGACGCAAUUGCUAGACAAGCUAUAUGUGAUGUAUUGUAUCAGAUUCGAGAGAUGGGAAGAUCAUUGUUAAUUAUCACGCACAAUAUGCAAGAAGCUGAGGCAAUGUGUAUUCGUGUUGGAAUCUUAGUGGACGGACGAUUUGUAGUAAUUGAUUCCUGUGAAAAUUUAAAAAAAAAACAUGAUAAUAAUUUCAUUCUAACCAUUAGUGUAACGCCAGUAUUUCAAGAUCCUCAACAUUUAGUAAUAAUUAACAAUGUCAUGAACGAGGCAUUUCCUGGUAUUAAUUUAAAAGAUUUUCAUUUGGGAAUUAUCAAGUAUGAAUUAGAAAGUAAUAUUUCACACAGCAAUGUGUUCGACAUAUUAGAACAACUAAGACGAAGAUACCCGUGGAUAACAGAUUUUACUAUAAAUCAAUCAUCGAUGGAUCAAGUUUUUCUCGAUUUAGCUAUAAAGAAUGAUUCAAUUAUUCAAAAACAAAUAUUUCGGAGAACAAAAUUCUUGAAUUUUUUGAAGCGUUUUAAACAAAGAAGCAAACCUAGAGCUUCAAUUUUUACAAAUUCAUAAGAUG